GGACCCUGACAGGACUGUGAACAUCUGGCCAGCUGAGUGUGGCCACACAGCAAAGGCCCGGCUCGGAGAAGCAAUGGUGAUGCGGGCUUUUGUCCUGCUGGCCGUCUUUGCGGAAGCUUCUGCGAGAUCAUGCACUCCAAAUAAAGCAGAUGUCAUCCUUGUGUUCUGUUAUCCAAAAACCAUCAUCACCAAAAUCCCUGAGUGUCCUUAUGGAUGGGAAGUGCACCAGCUGGCUCUUGGAGGACUGUGUUACAAUGGCGUCCAUGAAGGAGGAUAUUACCAAUUUGUGAUCCCAGAUCUGUCACCUAAAAACAAGUCUUACUGUGGAACUCAGUCAGAGUACAAGCCCCCCAUCUACCACUUCUACAGCCACAUCGUUUCCAAUGACAGUACCGUGAUCGUGAAGAACCAGCCCGUGAACUAUUCCUUCUCCUGCACCUACCACUCUACCUACUUGGUGAACCAGGCUGCCUUUGACCAGAGAGUGGCCACUGUUCACGUGAAGAAUGGGAGCAUGGGCACUUUUGAAAGCCAAUUGUCUCUCAACUUCUACACUAACGCCAAGUUCUCCACUAAGAAAGAAGCUCCUUUUGUGCUGGAGACAUCUGAAAUUGGUUCUGACCUUUUUGCAGGCGUCGAAGCCAAAGGGCUGAGCAUUCGGUUCAAGGUGGUGUUGAACAGCUGCUGGGCCACCCCCUCAGCUGACUUCAUGUAUCCGUUGCAGUGGCAGCUGAUUAACAAGGGCUGCCCCACAGAUGAAACGGUCCUUGUACACGAGAAUGGGAAAGAUCACAGGGCAACGUUCCAGUUUAAUGCCUUCCGGUUCCAGAACAUUCCCAAGCUCUCCAAGGUCUGGUUACACUGUGAGACCUUCAUCUGUGACAGUGAGAAGCUCUCCUGCCCCGUGACCUGUGACAAGCGGAAACGCCUCCUCCGAGAGCAGACGGGAGGCGUCCUGGUGGUAGAGCUCUCUCUCCGCAGCACAGGGUUCUCCAGCCUCUACAGCUUCGCAGACGUGCUCUACCACCUCAUCGUGAUGCUAGGGAUUUGUGGCAUCUUGUAGGAGGGAGCCCGGCAUCUG